UUUUUUUUUCUUUUUUUAUACAAAAGACUCUCGCGAUUCUUUUAUUCUUUUUUUUUUUGGUUUAUUAUUAUACUUUUUGAAUAAAAAGGAUAAAUACUUAUCUUUUGAUUCUUAUUUUUUUUUUCAUCUUUCCAUUCCUUCACUAUACCUUUCAUCUAUUAUUGUUCUUCAAGUCCAAUACCCCCCCUUCUCUUCUCCUUCUCAUCCCCUUCUUUACUACUACCUUUCUUUUAUCUUUAUUAUUUCUUUUUAUUCUUAACAAUGGGCGCCAACUUAUCAAAAGGAUUAGCUAAACUUUUCAGUAAUAAGGAAAUGCGUGUUUUAAUGCUUGGACUUGAUGCUGCUGGAAAAACAACCAUUCUUUACAAACUCAAAUUGAAUCAAUCCGUAACAACUAUUCCUACUGUUGGAUUCAAUGUAGAAUCUGUGACAUAUAAAAAUGUGAAAUUCAAUGUUUGGGAUGUUGGAGGUCAAGAUAAGAUUCGUAAUCUUUGGCGUCAUUAUUAUACUGGAACUCAAGGAUUGAUAUUUGUUAUUGAUUCUCAAGAUCGAGAUCGUAUUGAUGAAGCUCGUCAAGAAUUACAUCGAAUUAUGUCAGAUCGAGAAAUGAAAGAAUGUUUAUUGUUGGUCUUUGCAAAUAAACAAGAUUUACCUGGUGCCAUGUCUCCUGCAGAAGUGACUGAAAAACUAGGUUUGGCUCAAAUGCGUGAACGUGCUUGGUAUGUUCAUCCUUCUUGUGCUACUACUGGCGAUGGAUUAUUUGAAGGUCUUAAUUGGUUAAGUCAAAAUGUCAAAACAAAGAAAUAGAUUACCUACUUUUCCUCUAUUUCCACUUUGUAUGAUGCCUCUCUAUUUCUUAUUAUUUAUGCCUUUGUUUUUCUCUCUGUCUCUUGUUUUUUACUCACCUUUUUUUUUUUUUUUUUGGAAAUCCUCCAUUCUUUC